UUAGGAUCACGUGGAGGAAGAGAAUUGCCUGAACAUUUAUUGUUGCUGCAAUGGAGCUGGGACUCACAGGGACAUUACUUCUCGUCUCCGUUAUAACUCUUCUGUUUUACCUUGUGAUAUGGAGAGACAAAAAGAAACAAGGGAACCUGCCCCCGGGACCCACACCACUUCCCUUGUUGGGCAAUAUGCUGGAUCUUAACCCUUCAGAAGCUCCUCGCUCUAUACUCCAGCUGAGUGAGAAGUACGGACCCGUGUACACACUUUAUUUUUUUGGUCAGCGUAUCGUAAUACUCAUCGGAUGCGACACUAUAAGAGAAGCUCUGGAAGAGCAUGGCGAUGCAAUAAGUGACAGAGGGAGAAUAGACGUGAUUAGUAUUCUGUUUAAGGAAAGUGGAAUUAUAAUGACAAAUGGGGAGACAUGGAAGACGAUGCGUCGAUUCUCUCUCAUGACUUUGAGGAAUUUUGGAAUGGGGAAGAGGAGCAUUGAGGAGAGAAUCCAAGAGGAGGCUCAACUGCUUGCAGAAGAAUUUAGAAAGUGCAAAGACACUCCGUUUGACCCAAUCCAUCUGCUGGGACAAGCCGUAUCCAAUGUCAUCUGCUCUGUGGUCUUUGGAGAGAGAUUUGACUACGAAGAUGAGAAUUUCAAAACCCUUCUAUCAAAUAUUAGAGAAAUCUUCAGAUUGAUGAAUUCGAGGACCGGACAGAUCCUUCAAAUAUUCCCAAAUGUGCUCAGACACAUCCCUGGUCCACACCAGGGAUUCUUUGCCAAUUUUGACAAACUACGACAGUUUGUGAAGGACAUGGUGCAAUCUCAUCGAGAGACGCUGGACACAAAUUGCCCACGUGACUUCAUAGACAGCUUCCUGAUAAGGAUGGAGGAGGAAAAAAAUAAUUGCAAUACAGAAUUUCAUGAGGAUAAUUUAUUGGGAACAAUAAGAGAUUUGUUCUUUGCUGGGACAGAGACUUCAAGCGUGACUCUGCGAUAUGGAUUCCUAAUUCUUCUCAAGUAUCCAGAGAUACAAGAGAAGAUCCACCGGGAAAUUGACGAUAUAAUAGGUCAAGAUCGAUGCCCAUCAGUGGAAGACAGGAGUAAGAUGCCGUAUACUGAUGCUGUAAUUCACGAAAUUCAACGAUUUGCUGACAUUAUCCCUCUUGUGCUGGCCCAUGCAACCACCAAAGACAUAACCUUCAAGGGAUACGAUCUUCAGAAGGGCACUGUGGUUUUACUAGUUCUGACCUCUGUUCUGAAGGAUCCUAAAUACUUUAAAAACCCUCUACAAUUCGACCCUGGUCAUUUUCUGGAUGAGAAUGGCUGCGUUAAGAAGAAUGGUGCCUUCAUACCAUUUUCAGCAGGUAAACGUGCGUGUGUUGGGGAGGGUUUGGCCCGCAUGGAGCUUUUCCUCUUUUUCACGACCAUCUUGCAAAAUUUCAUCCUUAAACCAACAGUGGAUAAAGAAGACAUUGAAAUCACUCCUGAGCCAAACACCAACGCUUCAAGACCUCGUGCUUACCAAAUGUAUGCUGUCCCUCGUUCUGAAUCCUAAAUGACAUCCUCAAUCUCGUUAUAUCCUUAGGUAGCCACUCCUACUUACUACUACUGUGUCCAUGUUGAUGACAAACAAAUACAAUGUGACACAAGACUAAGAACAGCGACGAUUGUUACUAUGUCAUAUAAACGCAGCAGAGUUAUCUUUUGUCCCAUGUGUACAUGUUAUACUUCUUGUAAUGGUUAACCACCAGCUUUUCUGUUAUUGUGAAACAACUGUGGAAGCUGUUUGUUCUCUUUGAAGAAUAAACAAUAAUCAUUCUGGGGAAUAGUCCUUGGGAACAGAGUGGCAUGGG